GUGCAACUAGUGAUGGCGCGCGCGGUGGACCAGUGCGCUCACCACCAGUCACCGCCUCACCACCACCACCACCACCACCACCACCAUCGGCCGGCGGCCGGCCGGCCGUUCUUGUCUCUUCCAUGCGUCCCGACGCUCCUCCACUAGAGCAGAAUUAAAACCUCUAUAUAUAUGUAGAGCGAGCACGCCUGUGCGAACAUGCCGCUCCAGCACACACAGCACCCAUUAAUUCCGUAAUCCAAGGGGAACCCGACGCACAGAUCACUUGUGGCAGGCACCCGGCCGUGACUUGAUCGCAAUCACAACCAUCAUCAUCGACAAUGGCGGCGUAUUCUUGCGCCUUGUGGACUGCUGCUUCCGUGGUCGCUUUCCUUGUCAUCGGCGUAGCAGAGGCGAGGUACGGCGGCCCUGGGCAGUGGAGGAGGCCUGCCCCUGCCCCUGUUGUCCCUGUGGCGGCCCUCGUCAGCGAGCAGCUGUACGGCUCCCUGUUCCUGCACAAGGACGACGACGCCUGCCCCGCCAAGGGCUUCUACACCUAUGCCUCCUUCAUCCAGGCCGCCAGGACGUUCCCCACGUUCGCCGCCACUGGCGACCUCAGCACCCGCAAACGCGAGGUCGCGGCCUUCCUCGCGCAAAUCUCUCACGAGACCACAGGCGGGUGGGCGACGGCGCCGGACGGCCAGUACGCGUGGGGCCUGUGCUACAAGGAGGAGAUCAAGCCGGCGAGCAACUACUGCGACGCGACGGACGAGCAGUGGCCGUGCUACCCGGGCAAGUCCUACCACGGUCGGGGCCCCAUCCAGCUCUCCUGGAACUUCAACUACGGGCCGGCGGGCCAGGCGCUGGGCUUCGACGGCCUGCGCAACCCGGAGCUGGUGGCCAACUGCUCCCAGACCGCGUUCCGGACGGCGCUCUGGUUCUGGAUGACGCCGCGCCGCCCCAAGCCGUCGUGCCACGAGGUCAUGGUCGGAGAGUACCGCCCCACGCCCGCCGACGCCGCGGCCAACCGGACGCCCGGCUUUGGCCUCGUCACCAACAUCGUCAACGGCGGCCUCGAGUGCAACCGCACCGACGAUGCCCGGGUCAACAACCGGAUUGGCUUCUACCAGAGGUACUGCCAUAUCUUCAACGUUGACGCCGGCCCCAACCUCGACUGCGCACACCAGCAGCCCUACUAGUGUAGUGUCUACGGGGUUACGUUCUAAGCUGUUUGCCUGUUUCUAACAGAGUUGAUGAUAGCGUUUUGGAUGAUCGUUCUCUUGUUCUGACCUAUACAAAACACAGUAUAUAUAUCAAUAAAAAACAGUAGACGACUGUGACUCUCUGAGCUAUGAUGGACGCUAAGUUAUCUCA